CGUUGAAGAGGCGAGGAAAGAGAAUCAGGAGAAAGCCAGAUCCCGGUGCCUGAGGGUAAAGAGACAAAAAGAAAUACUCAGUAAACAAGCCCACUCGCUGUCAGAGAUCCAGAUUCUCCUCCUGGGCUGGGUGUGCUCAGGGAAAACUCUCAGCUAAAAACAUAAUCCUGAAUAGAAAGGAAAUAGUCGGCAGGAGACAAACCAUCCAGACGGAGAGCAAAUCUAGAGAUGAUGGAAAAAAGAUCACCGUUGUGGACACCCCUGGCUGGUGGAAAUACUUCUCUGCCCAGUUCACUCCAGACUGGGUGAAGACAGAGCUGAAAAGAAGUGUGACACUUAAUGGUAAAAACCCACAUGCUAUCCUCUUGGCUGUCCCUGCUGAUACCACUUUCAGAGAGGAACAGAGGAAGAUCACCGAAGACAACAUGAGGAUGUUUGGUGAGCAGGUGUGGAGACAUACCAUAGUGUUAUUCACAUCUGGAGACCUUCUCGGUGACACGAGUAUUGAGGAGCACAUUGAGAGUGAAGGAGAACCUUUACGUUGGGUCAUAGAGAAAUGUGGGAACAGAUAUCAUGUCUUGGGUAAAGACCAAAGCAGGGAAAGUUUGCAAGUUGCAGAGCUGUUGGAGAAGAUCGAGGAGAUGGUGGCUGGGAACAGCUUGUUCAUUCUUCAUCCAGAGACUCAAACACCUGAAGUUGAGGAGAUGAGUUUUGAACCAGAUGAAACAAAUGCUGACAUGGUGAGAUUCUUGGACAAAGAAUGGAGCAAGAUGGAUAAAGAGAUGGAAGACACCAUGACAAAAAUGUACAGUCAAAACGUUGCACAGAAAGGAAAGGAAAGCAUGGACGGACGCACUGACUUUCAUAACAAUAAACAACCUUCUGAUACCAGUGAGGAGGAAAAGUUGUCCACAGAGUGCUCUGGUCCACUGACCACAUAUCAGAGUACCUCAGAGAGUGAAGGUAAAGCCAGGCAAGCUAAAAAGGAGGUUCCUCAAAAAAGGAGAAGACAUGAGAGCCAUGAAGAUCCACUGGAAAAAAUGAGGGAGACACUCCAGCGAGAGUGGGGGCGACGAGAAGUGACAGUUACGGAGAGGUUUCAGGGGAUCCUGUCUGAAUCACUUGUUCUGUCAUCUGAAGCUGAUGAGCAUGAGCGUGAACUCUGCAGAAGAAAGGUUCAAACUUGGCUUAGUAGUACAUGUACCUCUGGAUAUGACACUGAGGAAGAUGUCAUUGUAGAAAAUGAACAUAGAUGAGGUAUUUGUAGUUUGUCAACUAAGCUUUCUAAAACUGAUAGUUCCAGUCCUUGAUUGUGAUUGGCUGAAUCACGUUCGAUGCCGUUGUAAAAUGCAGCAUAAACAUACACCUUGAUCGCAUUUCGUUGUAUAUUACUGCACUACCAUAACUUGAUACAAAAGUUAAAGUAGCUGCGUCUCGACAUUGCUUGGAAACCAUUCAGAUAGAGGAAUAUUUCUUGGUGGAAGAAAGAUUAUCUAAGAAUAACUCGUUAUAUUUCUAGUUGCUGUGCCUUUGCUUUAUGAAACUGUGCCUUUACUUUAUGAAA